GCGCCUGUAUGUGAUUGGUAUUUCCGCCAUCCCUCUCUCAUCAUAUAUAUAACGCUCUCUGGCAUUUUGUCUAUGGCGAUUUUCGUUUGCUGCAACGACGAUGGAUGCAGAGGGGAGUCGUUUUCAUAGCUACACCAACCUCAGGAAGAGUAGAGACCGGAAAUCCAUCAACGGCGUCACCGUCGGCAACCUCCACAGCCACAAUAAGGGUGACACCAAGAUGAUGAAGAAACCGUUCAAAGCAGCAGCGAUGGUGGGACAAAAUAGGAAGGUCUUCUUCCUGAGUUGGUCGAUGGAGGACGCGGUGAAUGUGGUGAGGUACCAUCCCAUCCCCUGCAUAUUCGCGGUUUCUCUUCUCUUCUUCAUGGGCGUUGAGUACACCCUCUUCAUGAUUCCUCCUUCCUCUCCACCUUUCGAUCUGGGUUUCCUCUUAACUCGUCCCCUUCACCGAGUUUUAGCUGCUCGUCCUGCCCUCAACACCGCCUUGGCCGCUCUUAAUACGGUGUUCGUGGGAAUGCAAACGAUGUAUAUACUGUGGUCAUGGCUCGUAGAAGGCCGACCAAGAGCGACCAUAUCAGCGCUAUUCAUGUUCACGUGCAGAGGAAUACUGGGCUACUCGACCCAGCUGCCAUUGCCUGAGGGAUUCUUAGGUUCAGGCGUGGAUUUUCCGGUAGGGAAUGUUUCCUUCUUCCUGUUCUUCUCCGGUCACGUGGCGGGAUCGGUGAUUGCUUCUUUGGAUAUGCGACGAAUGCAGCGGCGAGAGUUGGCAUGCUUGUUCGACACCUUGAACGUGUUACAAGCGGUGAGAUUGUUAGGGACCCGGGGCCACUACACGAUCGACUUGGUUGUCGGGGUCGGUGCGGGCUGGUUGUUCGAUUCUUUAGCCGGAAACUACGAGGAGGACAAGAAAAGAAGAAGAGCAGCUGCAACUACCCACCAGAUCUUACUUUAAUUUAACCCGAUUCAUUCUAAACGAAAAAGGAAAGAAGAAAAAAAAAAAACACAGUCCGGUGGGAUAAAGAUAGAUAAGCAAUCGCUGAUAUGUCAGUAAUCCUUUCUAACUUUUCUUCUGAUUUCUUCCCAUCAACAGUGAGAACAGAAUCUGUACCGAAUUACAGACUAAUUAGACUAAAAGCUGUCUUUGCUUUAUUUUCCACUUCUUCUGGAUUUGGGAUUCUCUGUAGCUGGCACGCGUUGGUUAAUAGUGAAGAUCAUUGCUUAUGCUGCGAACCUAUUACAAUUCAGAUGCUGUUAUUGA